GGCCACCGGCCAGCACCACGAUCCAGAUCGCCGAUAUCUGCCGCGAGAUAUGAAGUCGUUCAUCCAGAUCCUGGGAACCGAGACCGGGGACUCGACACCCUCGGUGCUCGCCUGCUUCGAUACCCAAAAGUACCUAUUCAAUGUCGGCGAGGGCACCCAGCGCUUCUGCAUUGAGAACAAGGUCCGGCUCUCGAAGCUGCAGCACAUCUUUCUAACCAAGAUCCGCUGGAGCUCGUGCGGCGGCAUUCCGGGAAUGCUGCUCAGUCUGGCCGAUGCAGGAAACCGGCGCAUCACUUUGCAUGGCGGGAAGAACUUGACCCACUUUUUGGCUUCGACCCGUCAUUUUGUUUUCAGAAUGGACUCGGCCGUCAGCACCAACGAGAUGGACGACUACUCGCCCAACUUCAAGGACGAGAACUUGGACAUCCAGAGAGUCGCCAUCUAUCCCAGCGAUUCCGACAACCCCAAUCUGACCCCCAUUAACGUUGUGGCUGGAAAGCGCAAAGCCGCCACGCUCGACUCCGAAGAGGAUGUGCAGAGCCUGACUCCUGAAGAAGCCCUUGCCCACAAACGGUACAUCAUCUCGCGCAUGUUCUUGAACGGAGAGUCGCUCUCGAUUCCUGUCAAUCGCGAAGAAGGAAAAGACUCCUCAAAGGGCGCGGCUCUGGGAUCGAGCGGCGUCGGUGUCGUCCCCAUUCCUCCUACCAAGCCGGACCUUGGCGUCCUGACGUACAUUUGCCAGGGCCCCUCCGUCAAAGGAAAAUUCUCGCCCGAAAAAGCCCAGGCUCUGGGCGCCAAGCCCGGCAAAGAGUAUGGCAUGCUGUACAAUGGCGAGACGCUGACUCUCUCCGACGGCCGAAAGAUCGCGCCGCACCAAGUCAUGGGGCCCGAGCAACCUGGAUCGAUCUUCAUCAUUGUGGACUGUCCCUCGACCGAGUAUGUUCAGCCCCUGAUCCACAACGAAGCCUUCGCUCCGCACUACGAUGGCGUUUCCAGGAACUACGUCAGAGUUAUCGUGCACAUGCUUGGUCCAAACGCUCUCAAUGCCAGCUACAAAGAAUGGAUGAAGCGGUUCGGCCAACACACUCAGCACAUCGUCAUAAGCCCACAGUAUUGUGCCAAGCCGAUCGUGUUCCAAGGCAGUGCCCUGAGCCAGUACCGCCUGAACGUGCUGGAUCCCAGCAUAUUCACCCUGCCUUUUUACACCAAUGUGCCUGCGCCCCUGGAUUCGGACGUUCCCGAGAAAACCAUCGUGGGAGCACACAUGCUUAUCUACGAUUUGGAGCCCCAACCCAAACUGAACGCUAACGAACAACGGGCCGUCUUGGACCCAAACGACCCCGAGGGCCGAGUCACCCUUGGCUGGAAGAAACUAUCGGCCUAUCGCCAGGAAGCAGAGAGGGUUCGCGCUGCCAUUCUCGAAGCUGCCGAUGCAAACGAGAGCCCAGCUUCCCAAAAACACGGGGGUGCUGAUGUCCAAGUCACCACACUUGGAACCGGGGCCGCGCUUCCCUCACGAUACCGCAACGUGAGCUCGACCUUGAUCUGGAUUCCCGGAUACGGAGCCAUCCUGCUCGAUGCAGGCGAAGGAACCUAUGGUCAGCUCUAUCGACGGUUCCAGUCGCCCGACAACAAUGGCCCUCAGCUGGACGAGCUCCUGGUCAAUCUCAAGCUCGUCUUUAUUUCGCAUAUGCAUGCCGAUCAUCACCUUGGCGCCAUUCAUAUCCUAAGGAAGCGAAAGGAGUUGUUUGAAUCUCGUGGCACACCGCUCCAGCCGCUCACGAUCAUCGGCCCGCCUCAGUAUCGGAUGUGGCUCGACGAGUACAACGGAUGCGAAGACAUUGGCAUGGAUCCAUCUACAAUCUGCUUCAUUCCGUGCGACUCCUGUCUGCUCAACGAGCCGGAGGCUGCUUCAGCGACCAAGACAGCCAUUGUCAAAAGCAACUUAAAUUUCAAGGAUCUCUCCACAAUCAAAGUCGAGCACUGUCACUACGCCUACGCGCUCAUCAUGGAGAGUAUGGAUGGCUGGAAGAUCGUAUAUUCUGGAGACUGCCGCCCCAACCUCGAGCUCAUGAAGGCUGGAGCCGAUGCCGAUCUGCUGAUCCAUGAAGCGACAUUCGAGAACGAUCUUCUGCAUGAGGCCAAGGACAAGCGCCACUGCACCACGGGCGAGGCCAUCAUUGUCGCGCAGCGGAUGCGCGCCCGAACGGUGCUGCUGACGCAUUUUUCGCAGCGAUACCCUCAGCUUCCAGUCUACGAGGACCCCACCAAGACUGUCGGCGUCGCCUUUGAUCUCAUGAGCGUGCGCCUCAAGGAACUGUGGCGUUUGCCGCUCUUCCUCAAAUCGCUCGAGCUCCUGUAUCCCUGCAACGCCCGUGGCGUCGACCUGGACGACGACGACGAUGAAUGUGCCUUUGGAGCCGCUGGAGGAUUCAAGGAGAAGGACAAGGGCGGAUCGGGCCGCCGUGGCGGAAGGGACUCUCGCGGCGGCUCCCGUCGCGGCGGAUCGCAGCGUGGUGGUCGCGGCGGUGGUCGAGGCGGUGGUGGUGGUGGUGGUGGUCGCGGUCGGGGUCGAGGCGGUGAUCGAGGCGGCAAGUUUGGCCGUGGAGGUGGAGGUGGAGGCCGCGGAAACCGAGGCGGAGGCCGUGGCGACCGUGGUGCUGGUAAGGGCGAGAACUCCAAGUAGAUGCCAGGGUGCGGGCGCGUGCGGGCUGGACACCAAUGGUCCAGGAAUGAGACGCAGAAGAUGCCAUGUAUACUACCUUUGAUUCAUAAGGAGUAAAGUCC